AUGCCAACAAAGUGCGAAACAAGAUUGUGGGUUUGCGUUCUCGUCCUACUUGUACUAGUGAUGCUCAUGUGGACGCGAAGGGAUAAAAGUGCCCGCCUCCAGCCCCCAAAAAUCUCCCCAGAGGAGGUGAACGCCCACAUUCGAAUGCGAGGAGAUAGGUUCUUUGCUGCCAUUGACUCGCCCUCCAAUCCCAAUUGCCGAUUAUUCCGUGAAGCCUUUCCGUUGACGCCCAAGCCAGAUGGAGAUUUGGACAUAGCAUUUACCCUCGUUGUUCACAAGGACAUUCAUCAAAUUGCUCGACUAAUGCGCAUGAUACAUCGAGUGAAUAAUUAUUACUGCAUCCAUUUGGACUCCCGAUCACCGAGAGCCUUUCGGAAAGCACUGGCGGGCGUCGCCACGUGUUUUGGACCAAAUGUGGAGAUAGUUCCAGAGGAAAAGAGGGUGGAAGUUAAUUGGGGAGACGAAUCGGUUCUGAGGCCUCAGUUAAUCUGUGCGGAACAGGCUCUGAAGAGAAGUUCCACUUGGAAGUACCUGGUGAACAUUGUUGGACAGGAGUUCCCUCUUCGAACAAAUCUGGAAUUACAGGCGGCAUUGAAGGCUCUCAAUGGCUCCAAUCUUGUUGAAUCGUUCAGUAUCGAUCGAUUUAGAUCAUGGGUCAAGGAUUUUUCACUCCCUUACGGUGCCAAUUGGUAUAAAGGAUCUGUCUAUGGGGCAUUCAGGAGGGAAUUUCUACAAGAAGCGGUGUUAGCUGAGUUUACCAAAGGUUUUCGAGACAUCCUGCUGCUCCCCAAGGCAUUAAAUCACCCCGACGAGCUCUUCUUCUCCUCCCUCAACUACAAUCCUCAUUUGAAACUCACCGGCUCUUGCUUGGUAACUCCCAGCCCCCCGAAUGAAGUGGCCUUCAACUUUUUGGCUAAGUAUGUGAUUUGGCUAGGUUAUGUCAUUAAAUGCGAGACCAAGCUUGUUCGCUCUGUGUGCAUUUUCGGCAACCCGCAGGUGGCUCAAUUACAGCGGGCUCCACACCUCUUCGCCAACAAAUUCCACAGUGACUACCAACCGGAGGCCUACGAUGAGAUGGAGCGGUGGUACUUCAGGAAAUUUGCAAAGGAACUGGAGACUGGAGUAUACGCUAGUGACGACUUUGAUGUAUCCAUCUAUGCAAAUCGGACCUGCUCACGCAAUCAUAAUUAG